AUGGCCCCCAGCAGGAAUGGAAUGAUCCUGAAGCCGCACUUCCACAAGGACUGGCAGAGACGAGUGGCCACUUGGUUUAACCAGCCCGCCAGGAAGAUCCGCAGGCGAAAGACACGUCAGGCCAAGGCACGACAGAUCGCCCCCAGACCUGUGGCGGGACCCCUCAGGCCGGUGGUGAGAUGUCCAACCGUCAGAUAUCACACGAAGAAUCGAGCUGGAAGAGGCUUCAGCUUGGAGGAGCUUAAGGGUCGCUCGCACCAUCGGCAUCUCUGUGGACCCGCGCGCGCCGCCGCAACAGGUCAACGGAAAGUCGAAGUCGGUAAGUCCCUGCAGACCAACGUUGUGCAAAGGCUGAACGGAGUAUCGCUCCAAACUGAUCAUCUUCCCACGCAUAAUCCCUCCCCCCCGAAGAAGGGAGACGGCUCUGCUGAAGAGUUGAAGAUGGCCACCCAACUGAAGGGCCCAGUCAUGCCAAUCCGCCAGACUUUCAAGAAAGAAAAGGCGAGAGUCAUCUCCGAGGACGAGAAGAACUUCAAAGCCUUCGCCAGUCUGCGUAUGGCACGCGCCAACGCACGGCUCUUCGGCAUCCGAGCCAAGAGAGCCAAGGAAGCCGCAGAGCAGGAAGUGGAGAAGAAAAAGUAA